AUGAGAAGAGAUAGUGUGUACAGUGAAUAUGAUCUACCACCGCUCCCUGCCAAUAAUGUGCAACAGUUUCUAGAAAUAGUGAUUUCAGUGUUUGAUUUGUUCAGACAAAAAAUGUUAGAGAAGGAAAAUAGCAAGAAUGUCUGUCAAAAUAAUAGCACAAUUUCUGCGGGUUACUAUCACAAGAACUUGGACAACAAUACACAACCAAUAUUAAUAGAAAGUGUGGAGGAUUUGUGUCGCUUUUUUAACAUCUCUAUGGUCUUCUGCUCGUGCAAGUUGUUCAGAAUAGGUAGUGAAAAUAAAAUAUUUGAUUCAAUUUGCGAACUCGAGUUAUAUUUAAAUUCUAGUUAUGUUAUAUUUACAAAUGACUUAUCAACAUCCAAAGAAAUUUCUUCAAUUUGUGCAUCCAGUUUCGGGAUACUUGGUAACGCUGCUGUAAUAAUAAACAUUUUAAGGAGGAAAGGACGCUUAAAAUCAUACAAAAAAAUCAUUUUACGAUUAGCUUGCUACGAUUUUAUAUUUGCACUGAUACAGUUUAUACACGUUUUACCCAACUUCUGGACGCAUGAAUGGCUGUAUGGCAACACUAUGUGUAAAGUACUGCGCACAUCUGAAAUACUAGGCUCCUACCUUGCCAUUGGAGUUAUUCUACAAGUCACUGUGGAACGGUAUAAUGGAAUCGUACGACCUUUAUAUCGAUUCGCAUCCACUGAUUCGCAUUGUGCUUUGGAAGUACUGAACAUUCUUUUCGGAAUGAUUUGCGUGUUACCAUUAUUUUUGCAAUAUCAAACAAACGAAUUUAAUAUUUGUCGAUUACAUUGGAGUAUCCAACUUUUUGACUCCUUAACGUAUGAAUUAUUUUCUUUUUGUGUUUACUUUGUGUUGCCAGUAACAACCAUGUCAGUUUUAUAUUUCAAAAUCUUUCGUGUAUUUAAAGCGUCCAUGCGAAAUGUAAUUCAUCCAAUGAGAAUACGAUUAGAAUAUAUUAGAAAGAACAAACAACGUGUCAAAAUGAUUUGUUGUGUAGUAGUCGCUUUCAUAGUGCUGGUGUUACCGAAACAUGUCAUGAGUAUUUACUUUGGUGUAAACGAAUGGUCGUACGAUUUACAUUUACACAAGAUGCAACAAGACAGAUACUUCUACCUGACACUGCUGGCGUAUAUUGCGUAUCCGAUACAUGUUGUUAUUAACCCAUUGUUAUAUAGCUUUUGUAGUAAAAACAUCAAAAUUUUUCGUGGAACAGAACAGGCAGGAACAGAACUAAACAGAAAAUUUUCUGCUGGUAUAUUCCACCUUACAAUUUUGCGCCCCUUAAGCACAGAAAGUAUAUAUACACACUUUGCGCAGUAUUCAUGA